AUGGACAAAGCAGCUGAACUCAUGUGGCAGCUGGAGGAUUCAGCUGGCAAAGCAGGACAGCAAGAGCAAAGCCCUGAUGAUGGAGACAAAGCAGAAGUGUCAGGACAGCCUGCACACAGCAAGGACAAAUCACCGCAGAGCCAUACCCUCAAGUGGGAGACUCUAAGCAGACAGUUUGUAGAGUAUGAGCAGGUGGCUCCAUUUCUCAUCCCAGAGGAGCAACAGAGAAGGCUGCUGGACUUUCUUCCCCUCUUCUUAAAGGCCUGGGAACAGUCUGCUGGAGUAAUCGUAUUCCCCAACAUUCAGUUGUUAGCCAGUGAGGUUUCCAAGCUUCUGACAAAAGAAAUUAAGAGGAACCUCAAUGGCAAACCUGCAGAGGAGGCUCGACUGGCUUUGGAGCAAUUGCUACAACAGAAAGGGGAAGCAGAAGAUGGCCGUUUGCUCCUGAAAUCGGUGUAUCUGCUCUCACAGACUGACUUGAGAACUAUGUGGAACAUCAUUGGGUCUGGCCUUCCAGCUGCUCUGAUGCAGUGCCUGUACCUUUUCUUUACUUUUCCUCUGAAGAAAACCAGUGAUGAUGGGGAGACAAGUGAGGAUGACACUCAAACUCAGGAAAUGCUUGUUAAGAUCAUGCUUAACAUGUACAGAGAGGAACAAGGUGUAGAGGAACUUCUGGCAGCUGAUAAGCUUCAGUCGUUAAUUAUAGCAACUGCUUCCCUCUGGGACCAGUGUAGCUGCUCAUGGAAAGUACCUACAGGCCGUGUGCUGAGAACAAUUUCAAAGGCUCAGACCAAAAACAGCAUUGUGUACUUACAAGCUGUGGACUGCAUUAAAAUAGCUAUUCAGAAUCUUUUUAAACUGGCUGAUACCUUACCUGCUUGUGAUGUGUGUGAAGCUGCUAGUAUUGUCUUGUGCUUUGUGAAAGAUUCCUAUCCCAUAUCAUCAGCUUUGUUAACAGAGUUUGAAAAUAAUGAUGGCUACCAACUCCUGCUAAAAAUUUUACUCAGAUGUGAGGGGUUGCAGCCAAAUGAAGGAGACCCCUAUCUGGAUGAGAUCUUGGACAUGCUGACUUGCCUUACUACCUGUGGAAAAACUGAACUGAAAGUUUCUGGCAAUAUUGUACACCCACAAUUACCGCAUUUUGAUUUUGAACGGACACGGUCUUCUGGAAUGACAGUGAAAAACCUCCAGCCCUUUCAGGUGUUACAGUCCAUUUUCCAGAAAAGUAAUGAUGAGCACCUGUGCAGAAGAAUCUUGGCAGCAAUUGGUACCAUAUGGGCCUGGGACACAGUGAACUUCUUUCUUCUGGAAUGGACACUACAACCUAUCAAUAAGUUUACUGACAUAAUCCAUUUCAAACCACACCCAGUGCAAGUCCAGUUCUUUGGACUGGUGGAGUCCAUAGUGCUAGACCUGUCCUACGUUCCCCAUGAAAUUUUGAAGAAGGUUCAGUAUUUGAUAAAGGAAAACACAGUGCCAUUCUGCACCUUAACAGCUCUCCAGUGCCUUCUCAGCAUGACCAAGAAGGACCUGCUAUUCAGCGACAUAUUCCGUGACUCUGGGCUCUUAGGCCUACUGCUGGCACUUUUGAGGAAGCAAGCCAAGAUCCUGAGGAAGUCAGGUAAUACUCCUGGUGUGCAGAGCACUGAGAAAGAAUUAAAUGCUGUGAUGCUGAAGAUGGUGGCUGCUCUUACGGUGGGGUCUGUGAGAAACACUGUUGUUCUGAAGGACUAUGGAAUGGUGCCAUAUAUCAAGAUAUUUUUGGAUGAUGAGUGCUACAGGAGUGCUACUCUCAGCAUCUUGGAGCAGCUGUCAGUCAUCAGCUAUGAAGAAUAUAUGAGCAUUAUUAUUGGGGCCCUCUGCUCUUCUACUCAAGGGGAACUACAUCUGAAACUAGAUCUCCUGAAGGUAAUUAAUGUGGCUUCACACUUGGUGGUUGUCUUCUUGGAAUAUGCUUGA